GGAUUGUCAAAUUUGCUCUUGACUAGCAGAGAAAGGCAUCAGUGGAGAUGAUGAUGAAGACGACUUGCUAAAGCGCAAGACCUUUUGUGGUGUCUGGAGUUGAAAAACCAACCACCAUCAAUAUGGAGGGACGGGUAAAUCAUUGGCUUAAUUUCAGCUGUUUUGUGUCCGGGCUCUUGGAUUGCCACUAGAGCGGCCAAAGAGUGUAAACAUGGAGAGGUUACAUGUCCUCCAAAAGGUGAAACUUUGCAACUUCGUGGGGCUCUUAUGCUCCUCUCUAAACAACCGGAGGAUUAUUCGGUUCUUUGGUGUGGGUUUUAUGGGUCUUUGGCAACUUCUCAUCCAAAGCGUGGGGGAUCACAGGUGGUGGUUAUGCAGCUUCUGCUUUUUUUCAGGCUGGUCCUCAAGCUUUACGAAGUGGUUGGUGCCUCCUAUUCUAACUGAGCGUGGAAAGUUACAGGUCAAGAACCACCCGUGGCCUAACGUUGAUGCUCAUAGCGGAGUGCUGCUGAACUAUUAUCGUCUUACCCAAGGCAAGAUAAUUGUUAAAUCCAACCUGUUUUUCGUCAGAUCAGUGCUUGAGGUUUUGGUUUUACAGAACCUUGUGUCGACAUGGGCUACUAUAACAAUGUCUUUGAUGAAUGCAAUGACCAAACUGCAAUCAGUGGAGAUCUACACGAUGGAAGGAAAGUCCUUCUCCAGUGUUGGUCUCGCGUGUUCUCUUCUGCGACUGAAACGAUGACGACGACGACUCUCUUGAAGUCAUUGCCGCCGUGGAGUCUGGUAAGAGUGAAAACCAACCCCGACUUUGACAGCAAUACGUUCUACGUCCCUGCUAAUAGUGGAGAGUUGGUGAGAACCCAACUGCAUCCGGCUAGGGAGAUAUUGGAAUUACUCCUGAACAGCUUUGUCAUUAUGUUGUCAAAGGAUCAUAACAACAAGCAGCAACAUGGACUGGCCUCAAGGAUGUCAAAUUUGCUCAGAUACUAAUAGAGAAAUGCAUCACUGGAUCAUUUAUGGUUUCAGUAGCGUCUUUAGCACUUGGGAUAAAAAAAAAAGAGGAUAUCAAAGAAAGAUGGCAUGAUGGAGGAAGCAUUGCAUUAGCAGUGAUUAUUUUGGUUGUUGUCACAGGUAAAUUUAACUUGUUUCACUUAAAUAUGAGAAUUUUUGAUAUUUAUUCUUGGUGUUGUUCGGAUGCUUUGUUCUCCUCUGCAGCUGUCAAUGACUACAAAUAGCCUCUCUAGCGUCAGAACCUGAAUGAUUAAAAGUGAAACAUACAUCUGGAGGUAAUAGAUUUGCAACAUAGGAGCCCAUACUUCGUAGCAGAGACCCUAAUAGACAUUAGAAAAGAAAAAAAAGAAAAAAAGCAAUUCAGCGAUAUCGACCAUCAUCCAUCAUCAUAGAAUCUACAACAACACAAGGACAAGUUAUAUAAAUCAUACCGUAGAAGAAUGUCACACACCACCGCACCUUACCUGAUUCUAGACGAGAAGAUAAAAGUUCAAUUCAACAUAGCAAUCCUAGUGCCUGGACUGUGACGACGUUCUGCAUCAAAACAACAAAGCAGUACAAAAACAACCAAGUAAAUUAGUAAGUAACUAGAAAGAAAAGUAAAAAAUCAGGAGGGAGAACAAAUCAGUGAGAGCGAUCAUCAUAAUAGGAUCAUCAGCAACUAGAGCCUACAAACAACAACACAAGGACGAGUAAGUAAAAUCAAACCGUAGGAAGAGCCGAGGAGGUGCGACAAUUCAGAAGCGGGUGGAGCCUCCAUGAUUCACUUCCAACACACCACCUGCAAGACGAACAAUAAACUUAAUUACUUAGUGGGAACCAAAACGAAAAUAUAUAAUUAGGAAUUAUAAAUUCAAACCUCCUGUACAGUAAUACCAUUGCCUCGAGGAUCUGCAUCAAAGGACAAAGCUUAAAAACAAAAUCGUCUAGGAAAGAAUUUGUGGAGCAUCUCUCAUCUGAAUGUGUGUGUACACGGCAAGAACAUCUAACACACAAGAAACAGAGUAUCAAAAAUAGCCAAUAUUAAGGUAUUAAACUGAGCAGAAAUCAUAAUGUUUAAACCUGAAAGUUAAAACUCCCACAAUGUUUUCUAUUUGAACCUCCCACACAGUCAGUAAUCCAGGAGCCUCCUCGAGAUCUGCAUCAAAAGAGGGACUGAGAUGUUAAUUCACGUAUAUAUAGAAAAAACAAUUAAAAGAUGUAUUAAGACUUAAGAGGAAGGAACAAAACCCAUUAAGACGUAGAGCACACAGAAGAAGGUGUCCAUCAAAGCCAUCACUGAUCGAUCAAAGCAUCAUCCAAUACCUGAAAUAACAUAGCAAAGAAGUAAGAAUCACAUGAACAUCAUAAAAAGCCUUGAACGAUUCAGUUUAGAAACUUAGAAACCAAACCCUGAUGAGCAACAUUGAAUGUGAGUGACAAGGAUCAGUCAAAGCCAUCACACGCUCUGCAUCAAAAGAUAGACUGAGAUGUUAAUUCACUUAAAUAUAGAGAAAAAUUAAAAGAUGUAUUAAGACUUAAGAGGAUGAACAAAACCCACUAAGACGUAGCACACAGAAGGAGUCCAUCAAAGCCGUCAUUGAUCGAUCAAAGCAUCGACCAAUACCUGAAAUAAUCCAAAACCUGAAAAGAAAAACAGAACAACAAGUUAAAAACCAAACCCUAGAAAAAAAAGCAACUGUAUCGAUUCAAAGGACACCAGAGACUAGUUCGUGUCCAUCAAAGCCAUCAUCAUCAUCAAAACCUGA